GAAGGUUGAUAAUGAAAAGAAUUGUCAAAGUUAGCAAAUUUAACUUAUCAGAUGUUGUGGCUGAUUAUGAAGAAAUUGUAUCUGCAAGCCAGUUGACACAUGCAGUUUGUAAGCUUGUUGAACGACAAAGGAAGUUAAAGCCUCCGAGGAAAGAAAGGAAAAAGGUGGCAGCACACACUGUCUGUGAUGGAGAUAUUAAGAUUCUUGUCAGAAUAUUGCGGGCUUAUAACAUUCCUACCAGGAACACAACAGGUAAUAGAGCCUUGGAUCUGCCUACCUAUUUGAAAUCAUCAAUAUCCCACCUUAGACAUAAAGAAACAAUCAAAUCAGUAGCUUCAGAAGAAAUCUUAAAUGAAACUUUAAAGUCCUUAAGGGAUACUGUACAACCUUUUGUGGAAGUUUCUUUUCAACACACUGUAUACCAAACCAGUACAGCAAGUGGAUCUCAUCCAUGCUGGAAUGAAGAAAUUAAAGUAGAUUUUAUCUCACCAGGACAUGACUAUAGCUUCUCAAGCUUAUCUAAAAUAACAGAUAAUAUAUAUAUCAACAUUUUUGAUGAAAUGAUUAUUGAAAAACAUGAGGAUCCCUAUUUCAAGAGCUGCAGUAGUCAUUCACAUAUAAGAAAGAAUUGGCUCGGAUCCAUUGUCUUCCCUUUCUCUGCUCUUCUGCAACAAUCUGAGAUUAGUGGAACAUUUCAAGUAAAUAUUCCACCAGUUUUGCUUGGAUAUGCUUGGAGUAAGACUUAUGUGUCUCCUAAAGAAGAGUAUAAUGGGCAGAAUUUAAAAGAAUGUACCUUCUUAAAUAUUUUUGCUACCAUUGAACCUCAGAUAUCACAUGUCACCUGUAAUCCAGAACUAGACAAGUUUUCAGAUCAAACAGAUGUUUUGGAGAGAGCACUGAUUUUUAAUAAAACUUGUAAGGCAAUGUUUCCCAACCGAAGAAUCACAACUACUGUCUUUAAUGGUGAAGGGUUACAGAUCUUAGUAACCAGAUACAUCAAGGCACUAAAUCCACCUCAGCAAUUCCUGGAUAUGUUUCUUCAUGAUCCUAACGCAACACUUGACCUCAUUGCUCGCUUUGUAUCUUUGAUUCCUAUUGUGCCUGAUAUUCUGGAUGAAAAUGAUGGUUUUGACAUAUGGAUGACAUCAGAGCGCUGCAUCAGUUUGGCUACUGGAAAUAAGGAAGAGCAUGCCAUACUACUCUGUAAUUUCUUUCUGUAUUUUGGAAAGAAAGCUUUGGUCCUCCUGGGGACCUCAAUGUUGGAAGGACAAGUGGCUUAUGUAUUAACUCAAGAAACUGAUGAAUAUUUGCUUUGGAAUCCAUUAACUGGGCAAUGUCAUAAGCAGUUUGACCCAUUUUGUCCCUUACAAAGUGUAGACUGUUUGUUUGAUGAUGGAAAUGUCUGGUUUAAUAUUCAACAAAACAAUACACCGAUGGCUGUACAUUUUGACUAUUCAAAGGAAAGUUUCUGGAAACAGUUGCUUCCAAAAAAUUUCCAAGGGACAAAAGCACGUACCAUACAGCCUGAAGAAAUUAUUUAUUGUGAGACUAAUAAAAGCAUGAUAGAAGAUCUAAAGAACAGGAUUGAAAGGACUCUGAAAUGUAAAAUGAUGGAAUGGCGACCUAAACAGCCGACACGUUGGAAUCGACAAUGCACUUAUAUUUUGCGAAAAAUCCUUCCUAAACUAGAACUUGGCACUGGAAGCUUUGUUUCAUCUGAAGAAGAGAGUGAAUUUGAAAGACUACUACAAUUUUAUUGGGUCACAGGAUUUCCUAUCCAGAUGCCUUACACUGAUUUACAGUCAAUUAUUGAUGCUGUGUAUCAAACUGGAAUUCAUUCUUCUGAAUUUCCCCAGACAGAAUUUGCUCUGGCUGUAUACAUUCACCCAUACCCAAACAACGUAUUGUCUGUGUGGGUCUAUUUGGCUUCCUUAGCUCGACAUCAGUGAAAAGGAAGAAGGGAAAAGGAAAAAAAAAAAGUGCUAUGGGCCCCUUGCCCAGAACAAUCAAGACUUUUCUGGUACUUUAGGACUUUGCUACUUAUCCUCAAGUCCAGCCAAGUAUGAACCCAAGUUUUGGUUCUUUUAUCGAGUUGGGCACCACGGAGACUCACUCCCUGAGCCUUUGAGAAUGAGUGUAAAUGACCUCCCCACUGGAGACCUCUUCAAGGAGAACACUUUGGGUAGUCUGGUGGCCUUGGGUCACUGUCUACAGUAGGUCUUAUUAUGGGAAAGAAGUGAUUCUGGCCCCUCCCUCUGAAGCCAGUAUUACUCAGGCUGUAGGCCUCCACACCACCUCCGUCACAUCACCUGGGGAGGCUUGUUGAAAAUGCAGACUCCUACAUCCCGCCUAAGACCUACUGAAUCGGAACCUCUGGGAGUGAAGCUCCAGAACCCACGUUAUUGUAAACAAGACCCCCAGAUCAUUCUGAUGACCUGUUAAGAGUGAGAACCCUGCCUUACAGAAUGAGAACCCUGCCUUACAGAAUGUUGUCAUUACCAAUGUGAGCUUGGCACGUUUGAUGCUGGUUCUGAUGCCAUUCCAGGUGGAAGGUAUUCCAGUACGAACAUGAGGUCAUAGCCUCUCAUAAGAUAAAAGAUUAUUGCACUAGUGAAGUCAAAGGAAAAUCUGCCAUGUUGGGCUGAGGGCUGAGGCCAGCUUCUGGGGGCUUCCUAAAAGUUUUCACUUGGGAUGCUACUGACCUGAAGUUCUUCCAGCUCCAACUAUUUGGAAGGGUCUCCCAAGAAGCUCUGUUUGAUAUACUUUCCUGAUUCCGUGAGAAAGGGAAAAAUGGUCUUACCAAAUCUCAAGGCUCCUUUUUCCCUUAGUGAACAGCCUGCCAUCCUGCCUCUGGCACUUUUCUGCUGCUUUCCUUUCCCUGUGGAGGGGGCGCCAAGGAGGCCCAUCUAGAUCCUAGGAGCCUUGAGAGAGAGAGUGGACAGGGACCUGAGUCAGAAACGCUACACUUUCUUCUCUUUAAUUAUUCUGUGCUUCACAGAAAAAAAGAUACACUUUACUUAAAUGUUACAGAACAACUUAUUUUAGAAAAACCAAAGGAUAUAGAUUUCCAAAGGUUGAUGAGAGCACUUUUAUAGGAGGUAAAAACAGGAGAAAGAAAAUUGACCUCUCCCAGUGCAGGAGUGCGGGAUCUUCUUGGGUCACUCUCACAAGUAGAGACCCCAGGUUCAUCUCUGGGGAAUCCUCAAUCUGAAUUCUCUCCUGCAAUGCGCCUUCAUGGGCUGAUGCCAGAGAAGACCUCAUUUAUUUUCAGUGAUGUUUGUCUUGGACCAAACUUGAGAUUACUAGGAGAGUAAAAUAGUAGGGAUGUGGGUGAAGAGAAUGCUUUCUCUCCAAGGUUAAAACCUAAUCGUGUGUGUUCUCUGGCACACAUAUGAAGAUUAAUUAGAAUUUUUGUUCUUAUUUGAAUGUUUGUGUUUAAAUGCUGUAUGAAGUUUUGUUAUUAACAAGUCUCCCACAUUGAUUGGGGUAGCACAAAAUGAUGUCAAUGGAAAGACAAGGUUACCAAAAAAAUACUGAACUCAUGCAGUUCAUUUCUGUGGCACCUUCAAUAUUUACAUUACUAUUUUGCUAGUUGUUUAUGGUUUUGGAAUUGAUAGGCCACUCAUGAGUAAGGGAGAAAGUGUUCUUGGGCAAGCAUAGAGGACCCUUCUGUAUCAUAUGCAUU